AAACAAAGUAUAUAUGCAAAAAUACUAGUACUAUCAUAUAAUUUAAGUUGAUCUCUCAAAGUCACAAAGACAUGGCUGUGUCUGUGUUUGGCAACCCCAUUACCAACUCUACUUUAGAGCGCACGCCUGAGUUCGCUGGAAAUAAAAAUAUACAAAAAAUAGACAGGGCUCGUGCGGCUCUUAGCAUCAUAAACUCGGAUGGUAAGCAUGGAAGCAGUCUUCAGCACGUGGAGAACCUGAAGGAGACAUUGGGUACUAUCGCAGGUGUUAACGUUGUAACAAUUGGAAGUGUGUCCAAUGCCACUGGAGACACUGUCAAUUUUGUAACCCACCAUAAUUGGGUUGGGGAAAAUGCACUUCCUCCAUACCCGGCGGUGAUUGAAAAUGGCCAAUCGGGUGGGUUUUUGCACGUUACAAAGAGUAAUGUAAUUAUUCCCCCUGGCAAAGUUCGGGGCUCAGCUGGGGCUGUUGUGUAUCGUGGUCAAAAUGUCUUUGGAGUAGACUGUGAUGUUUUGUUGGCAUGGAACAACCCUUCUGAUUCUUCCCUGAAAAAGACGGCAUAUACUACGGUUCAAGAACGUGGUUACUUUGGAAAGGUCGACUGGGAAAAAAUAUAUAAGAAACUGAUAGAGUCUGGCAAUAAAAGUGAAAGUCAAUGGAAUGGGUUCGUGUCAAAUGUCAAGAUUCGUAAAAUUGGCGAAUUCACCGUAUUUGAGGCGGUGCUCAAGCUGAAAGAGUAAUUGAAACUGCAUCGCGCCUUCUACUGGAGCAGACUAUGCCCAAGAACAAACACUAAAAGAAAUAAAGCGAUAACAUAUAUACAUAUAUAUGUAGUAGAAUAAUUGCCAAGUCUUUCGUACUGUGGCAGUGUAAUGGUGUACUACUUUUAAUAGUAAAUGCAUGCCUAGUUUUCAAUUAA